GAAAUAUUUAAGGCCUCCCUUAUCUCUUCUUGUCCACAUUUCUCCUUUCAUCUCUUCUUCUCCUCUGAUUUGAAAAACAGAAGAGAAGUGCAUAUAUGGCUUCAACAAAAUUCGAUUAAAAUUCCCGCACCAUUUCUUACCGCAAACAUUAAAAGGUUUUUCAUAUCCCUUCUAUGCUAUACGUAAUCCAGGAUCCAGAGGAAUACAACAAGAAAAAGAAGAUGAAUACAACAAGUUUUGGGUUUGUUUUGAUUAGUUUGUUAUUAUUUUUAACAUUCACACAUUCAUCAGCAACGAAAGAUAACCUAGUGGACAUAACUCUGGUUGAAAAUGCUACAACUCAAGGAGCUGUUUGUUUGGAUGGGAGUCCACCUGCUUAUCAUCUAGACAGAGGAUUCGGUUCUGGAGCAAAUAACUGGCUUUUAUUCUUUGAGGGAGGUGGUUGGUGUCGUACUAUUAAGCAAUGUUUGAAAAGAGCAAUAACGCAUAGAGGGUCGAGUACUCAUAUGGAAAAACAGAACCCUUUCGUUGGCAUCAUGAGCAAGAACGCAUCCUUGAAUCCUGAUUUUUAUAAUUGGAAUCGAGUUAGGAUUAGAUAUUGCGAUGGAGGGUCAUUUUCCGGGGACUCUAUGUACAAAAAUGGAACAGACAUACUAUACUUUAGGGGUCAGAGGAUUUGGAAGGCAAUCAUUCUUGAUCUUCUUCCCAAGGGUUUAAAUGUUACAGAAAAGGCUCUGCUCUCAGGUUGUUCUGCCGGUGGUCUCGCAACUUUCUUGCACUGUGAUGACUUCACUACUUUUUUACCCAAGAAUGCCACUACAAAAUGCAUGAGUGACGCUGGGGUUUUCCUUGAUAUAAAGGACAUUAAUUCGACUCACACAGCAAGGGAAAAAUUCGAAAAAGUUGUUGCUCUACAGGGUGCAAAACAAUUUCUGAAUGAAAACUGUACUAGUUCAAGUAACUAUACAUCUCAGUGCUUCUUUCCACAAUAUGCUUUGUCUUACGUCAAAGCACCAUACUUCAUCUUAAAUUCGGCUUAUGAUACUUACCAAUUUAAGCGUCAUCUCGUCCCACCUUCUACUGAUCCGAGCCGAUAUUGGGAGCAAUGUAAAAACAAGACUGCAGCGUGUGAUGUAGAUCAGCUUAAUAUAUUGCAGGGUUUAAGAUCUGAAAUGAUUAACGCUUUGUCAGACUUUAACGAUUUCUCCGAAACGGGAGGGAUGUUCAUAAAUUCAUGUUUCGCUCACUGCCAAGCCGAGUACGACGAAACAUGGUUUGCUCCGGAUUCCCCACGAAUUCACAAUAAGACGAUAGCAGAGUCAGUUGGCGAUUGGUAUUUUGAGAGAACACCAUCCAGGUUGCGUGACGAUGCAUAUCCUAGUAAUUGUAACUGCCCCAAUGUUACAGAUUAAAGGGUAUUGAAUUGAUACACUGACAAGACCUCUGAUGAAGUGGAUUCUCGUUUCUUGGGGUGUAAAUUUAUCAAUCUCGAUAUCAAUAUUUUCAUGAUAUAAAGAAAUUUGUUUUAGGGCGAAUUUCAGUUUAACAUAUUAAGAUUUUUUCUCACAUGCCAUAAGAAAGUAAACGGAAAACGGUUGAGGUGGAUUACUCGACAAUAACAGUCAUCAUCACUCAUGUUAUACAAAAUGUUUCUUUUCUUACCAAGUUACAUUGUCUUCUUUGAGGCCAUUAUUGUAUAAAGUUUUCAGUGAUAUGCACUGCUUUGAAAUUUCGACGCUUGUUGGUUGUUACUUACUUACUAUCAGCCUAUGUACAAUGUGCGCUAUUCUGUAAAUUAUUAAUACUAACAAUAUGAUUACUUUUAUAAGUGCACUUUUAUGA